AUGAGCUUCGUGCCGGUCAACCCGCGGCCUAUGCUGCAAGAUCUCGUCGACAAGACGGUCCUCGUCCGCCUAAAGUGGGGAGAGACGGAGUACAAGGGCAGAUUGGUGUCCAUCGACAGCUACAUGAACCUGCAGCUGUCCAACACGGAGGAAUACCUAAACGACAAGCUGACGGGCGAGCUGGGCCAAGUUCUGAUCAGGUGCAACAACGUUCUUUACAUCCGCGGAGCCGACCAGAAGGAGAGCGGUGGAGAUACUAGAAUGGAGGAUUGA